GCAUGCAGAGAAUUUAGAGAGGAAUAAUGGGAAAGAUAAAGACUCCAGAAGGAAGCAUCAACAUUCUUCAGCAUUUAUGGAGAGCCCACAAUAUGCCAGAAUAAUUUUAUGGACACGUGGAAAACUGCUCAUUUUCUUCAUGGUGAUACGCUGUGCACUCCCCACUCUUUGGCACCAAAUGAUUUUGAGCAGUGACAUCUGAGAGCUGUGCCUUCCUGGGGCCAGUGACCACAGCAGGAUGGCCAGCUUCUCCCGUUUUACCUGCCGCCUCACUGGCACAAGGAAGAAGGUUCACAGUUCUCCCCAUUUCUUGGAAGAGAAAACCGAGGCCCAGAGAGUCUGAGUUCCUGUGUGAAGUCGCACCGCCAGUGCCCCUCUGAGCAAGGACCUGCGUCCCCAUUAGAGGGGGGGUGGGCCCUGUGGCUGCCCUGGGACCCUCCCUCCGUCCCUCUGCGCUGACCAGCUGUGCUGUGUCCCCCAGCAUGGCCGCGAAGAGGGCCCCUCGGCGUGGAAGCUGGCCCGGAGGCAAGGGAGCGAAGAGGCCUUGGUAAGGAGAGGACGUGUCUCUGCUUCUGUCCCAACGCGCGCUGUCACUCGUGUCCCGGCUCUCGCGGUGUGUUUCCUGGGGGUGAUACCCUCCUCCUUUUAGGCAGCAGGACGUUAGGACGGAGGGGGAGGUGCGUGCUUGCCCCGCGCUGCCCUCGGGUGUGCGGCUUCCUGAGGAGCGUGGGCUGGAUGCGUCCUCAGCCUUCUCGUUGUUGCUCUGCGUUGAAAGCAGGUCUGGGGAGAAUGGAAGAAACUGAACAGAGGCGUCACAGAGACACAGUUCUGGCCAUCAUCAGUGAGACAUAUUCCACGUAGCAGAUAAUUUUCAAAAACAAAAGCCAAACCAGAGGCAAAGGAAACGGCCCUUUCCUCCUGUAAGAGGCCAUUGGUGACGCCAAGGCACUCUCUCCAAAACUGGGGGUGAAGCAGAAGGCUGUGUGUUCGGGGCCCCUGCGGGAGGUGGAGGAACACUUCCUUGGCACCGUCCUCCUGUCUGCCCCUGACGGGCGCCUUGGGCACCGUGAGGCCCUGGGUGCUUGCCGAGUGAUGAGUUGUCGGCACGCAGCGAGCUUGCGAUGCUGUGAGUUUUGCUUAAAACUCCUGCAUGACGUUUGUCUUAGUUCCUCUUCUCAAUCAGCAGGGUCCUGUUUAUUGGUACCGUACACAUGGCAUGUCAUGCACCAUAACGUACGGUGACUUUGUAUGACGAUGUGCCCAAAGCACCUGCUCGUGAGGCAGCUUUUUGGUCCUCUGGGCCUGCGGGGCACGUCCUCAUCCCCGGGCUCAGAACCGAAUGUCCACUUUGAGGCUCAGCUGGCUUCUCUGUGGCUCCGAUCACUGACUUCCUGGCAUUGGUCACCACACAGCAGGGCACUAGGUUCUGGAGAGAAGAUGAAGCCCUUCCCGCCCCCUUCCUGAGCUCCAAGCUUGUCGGCCCCUCCUGGACGGUCCACACUCCGCAGGCUCACCCUCUGCUCUCCAUCCCCAACAUCUAUCUUGUGUGAAACCCGAAAGCCUGCGAGUCGUCUCCUUGCCCCUGGGCAGAUCAGCAGUGCCCACCUCUGCAGCAGGCCUGCGGGUGGGUCUCACCUCCCCACGUCUGUCCUGCCUGCAGGCACCAGGAAUGUUUUGUUUCUUCCUCCAGGAUGGAGACGGAAGCCCCUUCGGUGAUUGAAUUUGUGGUGCUUGGGGCGUCCACCACGGGUGCUGGGGAGCCGUGUGGGUAUGAAGCAGGUGUGGUGUGAUCAGAUUUCCUGCUCAGAAGGUUGUCUCUGAACUCCGAGGGCACGAGAGGGGACACGGCAGGGACGGAAAUUGAAAAGGAAGACACCGACUUAGGAAAUGCUGGAGCUGGCGAAUGUGCAGCCGGUUCUGAAGAUGAUUUUGAAGGCUACGAGGAUGACUUUGAGGUCUGUGACGGGGACGAUGACGAUGUUGCACAUGAGCCUGAAUCAGAAGAGACAGCGGAAGAGCUUCCUCUGGCCAGAAGGAGGGAGAUACAGGAAAUUCAGAAAGCCAUCCACGCAGAAAAUGAACGGGUCGGCGAGCUGUCCUCGAAGCUGUUUGAGAAGCAAGGCCGGACGGAGCGUGGCAGGGGGCCGGGGCCGGGGCCAGCUGCAGACGUAUCCCCCUCCGAAACCCCUGCUUGUGGGAUUUUCCUGGACUUUGCGACAGCCUCACGCCGCCAGAAGAGUCGGACUCAGGCCCUUAAGCAAAAGUAGGACACGCAGCACGAAGCUGCUCCGGCUUAUCGACCUGGACUUCUCCUUCACCUUCUCCCUCCUGGACCUCCCACCAGUGAACGAGUAUGACAUGUACAUCCGAAACUUUGGGAAAAGAAACACCAAGCAGGCCUAUGUUCAGUAUAAUGAAGAUAACGUGGACAGGAAUGUCCAGACUGAAGAGGUUGAGACUCAGGAAGUGUGGACCCAGCACCCAGGGGAAGGCGCGCUCGUGUCUGGGGGGAGUGAGCGGAGCGGCCCCCUUGAUGCCGCCGCCGUCGUCCCGAAGGUCAACACGCCCCGCCUGUGCAGCUUCCUCCGGGCCGCUUGCCAGGUGAUUGCGGUUCUGCUUGAAGAGGAUCGGGUGGCGUCGGAGCCGACCUGGACACCCCGGGCGCAGGACUGCCCCCUGCGCUUCAGCGAUAGCUCCGCGCAGCUGAAUACCAGCUUGCCGUUCCUUCAAAACCGGAGAGUGUCCUACCUGCAUGCCUCUCAGGUUCAGAGGCGGAUGGUGGUGUCCGUGCACGGGCGACCUGGGAAAGCCUUCACGCCCCUGCUGGAUGGCAGAUACGUGCUCUGCGUGUGGGACAUCUGGCAGCCGUCGGGACCCCAGAAGGUCCUGAUAUGCGAGUCGAAGGUCACGUGCUGCUGCUUUAGCCCCUUUAAAGCCUUCUUGCUGUUUGCUGGGACCGUGCACGGCUCGGUGGUCGUGUGGGAUCUGAGGGAAGAUGCCAGGAUCCAUCAUUACGUGAAGCUGAGCGGGUGCUUCUGGACGUUCAGGACCGCAACCUUUUCCACCGAUGGUGUCCUGACGUCUGUAAACCACCGCAGUCCCCUCCAGGCAAUAGAACCCAUCACAGGGUCUGUCUGCAAAAGACAGAGCUGUGUGCUUUCACCAUUUUCUACUCAAGAAGAGCCAGCAGGCCUGUCCUUCCACGUCGCUUCCUUGGACGAGAGUGGGGUUCUCAACGUGUGGGUGGUGGUUGAAUUAGCAAAAGCAGAUACUGCAGGUGCAGUAAGUGACUUAGGUUUACUACCUGGAGGGAGGAUAAAGUUGGUGCACAGUGCCGCGAUUCAGCUGAGUGACAGCCUUUCCCAUAAAGGUUAUGAGUUUUGGGGCUCCACACAGACACUGAGCGUUAAAUUUCUGCCUUCAGACUCUAAUCGCUUUGUUGUUGGCACAGACACGGGCCUCAUCAGCCAUGGCACCAGACAAGACAUGAGAGUGUCUCCCAGGUUGUUCAGGCCCCAGCAGCAGGGCAUGAGGCCGGUGAAGGUGAACGUGAUUGACUUUUCACCGUUUGGAGAACCGAUAUUCCUGGCUGGCUGUUCUGACGGGAGCAUCAGGCUGCACCAGCUGACGGCCGAGCACCCGCUCCUGCAGUGGGACGAGAGCACCCACGGCCGCGCCGUCAUUGGCCUGCAGUGGUCCUCGACGAGACCGGCUGUGUUCCUGGUCCAGGACGACACAUCCUGUGUGUAUAUUUGGGACCUCCUGGAGAGCGAUUUGGGUCCUGUCGCCAAACAGCCCGUCUAUCCGGACAGGCUGGUGGCCAUGACUGUCGUGGGUGAAGCAGAGAAGACCCGCAGUGGCUUCCUGGCCCUGGUGCUGGCCAGAGCCUCAGGCGACGUGGACGUCCAGUACUUGCGGCGGGAGUGGGUGGCCCCGGUGGGCGACGAGCUGCAGAGGCUGCGGCUGCUGCUGCGGGAAGCCCUGUAGGUCAUGGGGUGCCGCGAGGAAGCCGUGUGGUGACCCCGAUGUUACAGCUGAUGGGUGUACAUUCGUGUAGAUAGAAGGCGUGUGUCUGUCCAGAGUUCAUUUUUCAAGAAUGUCACUUCAAUAUGCCAUAAAUAAAUUACUAUUUUUGAAUGGAAACAGCAGACAUUUUAGUGUAUACUGAACUUCAAAGGCAACAGAGAGCCAGGUAGGAUGCUCUUUUCCAAGAAUAUUUCUACUGAUUUUCAGAGCAGCUUUAAAAUAUUGUAACAUUUAUUACUAGAUUUUUAAACAACCCAAAUAAAAAUGCAUUUAAUGAACAGUUUUCUUAGUCAUACAUAAAAUGACAUAUUCACAGGUUUAAAUUAAAGGACUGACUGCUGAAAUGACCUCCCACCUGUGUUUCUUUGAUACUUUGUUGGACUUCCGCUGGUAAUGUUGGGAUGUCUGUUCAGACACAUUUGCACUAUGCUUUAU